AUGGAACAAGAGAACUCUACGGGAGUUUCAUAUUUUCUUCUUCUGGGAUUCUCAGAGAAACCAGAACUGCAGCCCCUCAUCUUUGUGCUCUUCCUGUCCAUGUACCUGAUCACCGUGCUGGGGAACCUGCUCAUCAUCCUGGCCGUCAGCUCAGAUGCCCACCUCCACACGCCCAUGUACUUCUUCCUGUCCAACCUGUCCUUCGUGGACAUCUGCUUCACCUCCACCACCGUCCCCAAGAUGCUGGUGAACAUCCAGACGCACAGCAAAGCCAUCACCUACAAAGGCUGCAUGUCCCAGUUGUAUUUUUCUAUAUUCUUUUCAGGACUGGACGAUUUUCUUCUGACCGUGAUGGCUUAUGACCGUUACGUGGCCAUCUGCCACCCCCUGCACUACCCGGUCAUCAUGAACCCCCAGCUGUGCGGGCUGCUGGUUCUGGUGUGCGGGAGCAUUAGUGUUCUGAAUUCAACGUUAUUAAGUUUAAUGGUUUUGCGUCUGCCCUUCUGUACGAACUUGGAAGUACCCAACUUUUUCUGUGAGCUCAAAGAAAUGGUUCAACUGGCCUGUUCCAGAACUUUUACUGUUAACUUAGUUUUGUAUUUUGUAUCUUUGUUUCUGGCCGGGGGACCCCUGGCUGGGAUCUUUUAUUCUUACUUUAAGAUUGUCUCCUCCAUACAGGGAAUCUCCUCAGCUCAGGGGAAGAAUAAGGCAUUUUCCACCUGCACUUCUCACCUCUCUGUGGUCUCCUUGUUUUAUGGCUCAGCCAUAGGGGUGUACCUGAGCUCUGCAGGUACCCACAGCUCACAGUCAAGUGCCAUCGCCUCGGUGAUGUACACAGUGGUCACCCCCAUGCUGAACCCCUUCAUCUACAGUCUCAGGAACAAAGACAUCAAGGGGGCUCUGAAAGCAUUCUUUUAG